CACGUGACAGCAGUGCCGCUAGUGGACGGAAGCACACCUACACAAGAACCCAACGACCUGGAACCAGGGUCGGCGUUAGAGAGGCUGGAACGCUCCCUGACUCAAUUUUAAACGCCGUUAAGGUUCUUGAAACCCAAAAUGUGUCCCCUGAAAACAGCAGCGGGACGUUUAACACGGAGGAUUUUCACUCCAAUCACCCUCCACGCUCAUCUGCGCCCACAUGUCUUAUCAGCAGCGAACAGUCGUCUCUGCAGCUCCAAACAGGCGACGCAGCAGGACAGAACAGCAAAGAGCUCUACCUACAGACCAGAGGCCAGCUCCACGCACGACUGGAUCGGUCCACCCAGCCCGCUGUCAAACCUGCGGCCAAUUGUUUACCACAUCCCUAAAAAUGAAUCGACGCUGGAGAGACAACUGAGAAACUUGAGGCAGGAGACGGAGGACUGGAACCACGACUUCUGGACCAAGCAGAACAUCAGCUUCAGCAAGGAAAAAGAUGCUUUUGUCACUUCACAACUAAAGGCAAAAGGCUUAACUACGCAGGAUGAACAAGGACGCCAGCAGUCCCUGAGCAGUGAAGAAAUGGCCGUGUUUUAUAAAGGCUUCCUUGACAAGAACAGAACGCGACACGCUCAUUACAACAAGGAAUGGUACCGGCGGAACUUCACUAUCACCUUGCUCAUGGCCCGAGUCACACUGAAAAACAUGUGGAUGACUGUUACCAAUAAAUGCAGCAGCAGAAAAAACAGCACUACUUCUACAUCUUGAUAAGAAAUAAAAUUUUCACCCACUUUGUGUCUGUUUUUAUGCUCUAAAGCGUUUUAGCUUCGUUCUGAUUUUCACUGGUAUUUUAAUUGCCUAUAAUUAAAAUUCUAUUGCUUUGUCACUUUUAAUAUAUUGAUUAAAAACUGACAAUCUCCACCAGUUUUUUGGUCUUUGCUUGUUGCUUUUUAUUUUUUUACUCUAGUCAUAAAUCACAUGGAGCUUCUCAUUAUCAGGGCGUUCACCAGGAACAUCAAUAAUCUAAAUGGACCUAUUAAGGCUGUUCCUACCUGGCUGCACUUCAUUCAAAAACCAACAUACAGAGGAUGUGUUGCUGCAACACAAAGGUGUCUGAGCUUGAUAUACAAAGCAGAUUGGUGCAACAGUUUAUAAUCAAAUUCCUGUGUGUACUUGAUGCAGAUCAUUUCUUACUGUAUUAAUGCCACCUGAUUUUAAACAAAUAAAGUAUAUUAAUCAAGAUCGA